GCCAUAAGAAGAGGAAUUUUAAAUUCUAACCUCAUUUUCUCUAUAAAAAAAAUAAUUUAAAAUGUUAUCUUUUUUGGGGAAAAAUCUCCGGUUAACAAAUCAUUCCGAAAUAACAAAAACCUUAAUCAAGUUUUCUAGUCAAGCUGCAAUUUCAGAAACAAAUAAACCAUUAAGGACGAAGGAUAACAUUCGAAAACAAAUUGUUGAAUAUAGGCAUGUGUAUCCGGAAUUUUUACCCGACCCAAAAAUCGACUUUAGAAAUGUUUUAAGGGAAAAACUAGAACGAUUAGAUAUGGUAGCGCGAAGAACACAAGUUGAUAUACCUGAGUUUUAUGUCGGUUCUAUAUUAGCAGUUACUUCAUCUGACCCACAUACCCCUGGUAAAGAACAGAGAUUUGUUGGCAUUUGUAUUAAAAGGGAAGGUUGCGGAUUACGUGCAACAUUUAUAAUAAGAAAUGUUAUUGAUCAUCAGGGCGUUGAAGUUUUAUAUGAAAUGUAUGAUCCAACAAUACACAAAGUGGAGGUUUUAAAAUUAGAAAAAAGACUUGAUGAUGAGUUACUCUAUUUGAGAGAUGCUUUACCAGAAUACAGUACUUUUGAUGUCAAUAUGGAUGCAGAAAUUCUACCUGAAGGAACUCCAGUACCUAUUAAUACUAUUAAAGUAAAACUAAAGCCUAAACCAUGGCUUGAAAGAUGGGAAAGAAAAAAAUUAAGAGGAGUCCAAGACUUAGGAUUACCUGAAAGGUUCUAUAUAAGGGCAAAGGAAUUAGAGACACCGUGGGAAAAAUAUGAUCUAAUGAAGGAAUAUAUGAGAACUAUACCAGAAGAAGAACAAGUGGAAAUCUUCAGCGAAGUUCAGUCAGAACUGCAUAGAUUAGAAGUCCAAAGGAAGAAAAUGAAGAGGAAACGAGUUAUUGUAAAGCCUAGUAAAUUAGCAUAGUUAUUUUUUAUUUUAAAAUUAACAAGAAAAAAAAUAAAUAAAUGAGUGUAUUUUAUUUUAUCAAGCAAAUAAAGCUCUCUUAAAUAUACUGGCUAAAUUC